GUACAAGAGAGGAAACAAGAAAAAAGGUGAAAGAGACUCGAAAAAUUACACUGCAAAAGGAAGGAGAAAAGGGCCACGAUGAGGGGGCACAGGAAGAGGGCAAUAUGCCCCGGCGGUUUCCAUUCUACUUUAUAGGGGAUCGGCGACCUCCUCGGCGUGGGACGUCUCGAUCGACGGGGCGUGAUCUUUUUCAAGAUCAUUAUCCAGGCCAGCACUGCCAAAACAUAUCGUGAUGGCGGACGAAAAGGAGGAACAGACAUUCUUAGAAAAAUUACUAUUUUACACAACCGCGUUCUUCAUUCUCCUCGGCACCUUCAGCCUGUUCGCCUUCCUCUUCUUGGUCCCCUUCGUCAUCGAUCCAGCAUUCACGACAAUUUUCAUGGAAUUCAAUACAAAACCGGCUGAAUGUAUCACCAUUGACGUCGAGUCUCGAAAAGGUGCGAGUAACUGCUCAUGGACAUCGUGUAGAGAAGGUUGCACCAAGGAGUUGUAUGAUUGUACGCAAAUACGCGUUAAUUACAAGCGACCAAUAAAUACAACGGACGACGAAUUAGCAGAAGAGGGCCAAUUAGGUGGAGGAGGAGGUGUUGAGGAUGACGAAAACGCGUUAAUAAAACCAAGAUACGAAAGAGCUUUAAGGGACUACGAUUAUGUCGAGGAUUUUGAGGUCUUCACCGAUGACGACGACAACGAGGACAAUGACGACGCCGAAUACGAUAAACAACAACUUCCCAAACCAUUUCCAACAGGUCUCAUGGGAAAUGACUCCGAAUGGUACUUUACUGGUGCGAAACUGUUUCCAAACGUAAAAGGCUGUGGAUACCCUCCAAUGCUGAAUUGCAGUAUUUUCUACAAGAAAUAUGCUAUCAUAGGAAAGAAUUUUAGCUGUUACUAUUCAAGAGUGGAUCCAGGAAUAGUCAUCAGUGACCUCGACAUGUGGCAGGUGUAUAUGAACCUCGUUUAUGCGAUGGCAAUUCCGAUACCGUCUUUUAUAAUCUCGGUGAUAUAUUUGACGGUCGCCUAUUUCAAAAUUUACAACGAAGAUGAGGAGGCCCUUGUGGGCGGCGAUGAUGGCGAGGAAGGCGACGCUGCCGAUGGCAGUAAUGCAACGCCACUUCAGCCAACAAGCGGCGCUCUAACACCAGGAAGCGAGGCGUUUCGUGAAGAUCUCGCGAGUUUUGGCCAUCAAUUAGAAGUUAAAAUGGCUGACGAAAUCAGCAGGGAAAGUCUCAAUGGAAUUCCAAAUUCUUACUCGAUACAGGGAAACUUGAGCAAGACGAUGACGACGAGUAUCUCCACUCAUCAUGGGCCGACGGCAGCAGUUUGAAGAGGCACUUUCAAGGAUUGAAUAAUAUCUCAUGGAAACCCCAUUAAAAAAAAAUAAAUAAAUAAAAAAUUGCAACGUUAAGUCCCGAGGCCAGUUUCUCCUAGUGAGAUUCGCUUCUCUCUCUCUCUCGUUGUAAGGAGAAAUGAAAAUAAAAAAUGCUGCACACAAAUUCCUCGCUGUGCGAUGUGUACUAAAAAAAAAUAUCUCUUUAAAAAAGAAAAAAUUUUUUUUUUGCCCGAAAAAAUUCUAAAGCACUGUAAUAAUGCGUCUUGGAGCCGGUGUAAAAAAAAUAAUAAUAAUCCAGGAAACCGAAAUUACUUGUGUCCCAAAAUACAAAAAAAAGCUUCUUGUGAAAAUCGAAUAACUUAAUAAAAAAUUUAAAAAAAUAAAUAAAUAUAUAUAUAUAAAGUGCAGAAACCCUUGGCUUUUGCGUCUAGAAAAUACAAGUCCAAGUCUAGGAAAUGAAUUCCAAAAAUUUCUUGGAAAAAAAAGAACUAGAAAACAAAAAAUAAAUCUUAGGAAAAAUCCAAAGUCUAGGAAAUGAAUUCCAAGUCUAGGAUAUUAAAAAAAAAAAAAAAAAUUCAAGUCCAAGUCUAGAAAAAUAAAUAAUAGUCCAAAGUCCUCUGAUUAAAUGUGAUUUCAAAUCCAAAAAAAUAUAAUUCGAUAUUUAUAUAGAAGUGAAUCAAAUUUCGAUGAGGGGAUCAAUUUUUGAUGAUAGAAUCGGAUUAUAAUCGCUUGUACGACCUGGAAUUCAGCAUAAAAAAAAAUCACUAACUGAAAUAAUACAUUGAAUUUUCAAAUGAAAUUCAGAGAAAUAACAUAAGCUUUAUAUAAAAAAAAAAUAAAUAAAAAAAAAAGAAUCGCAUAUUAUUUAUCGAAAUAAACAAUUCAAAAUAUUGAAAAUACAGAAUUCAUAUUGAAAUACUGUUAAACUAUUACUUAAGUAAUUAAAAAAUACUUAAGCUUGCUGUGUGAUCAUGACGCAUCUUUUCACGUGCAAAAGUAGAAAAUAUUAAUUGCCAUCGCUGCUUAAAGGCAGUAAACACUCGCUCAUUUAUCAUUAUAAUAAUAAUAUUAAAAUAAUUAAGGAUAAAAAAUACACCUUUUUUUAAUUUUCAUUUCUAUA